UUGGGUUUUAACAAUGUAGUGUAAUAUGUUUAUCUUUGUAACUGUAGUGACGCGCUACUGCGCACGUCACGAAUCAGGAAGUUGAUCGCUAUGCGAUAGUCAAUCGCAACAGCCUGCAAUCUCUCUCAGUCACCUGUUUCUCCUGCGAUCGCGUUUUUCCUUUCCCUUUGCUAAAGCAACGUCUUUUCACAAUAUUCCCAGUAAAUUUUAUGGAGAUUAAUCAUCUGUGUCCUGGAGUUUUCUUGGGAGUGUUUAAGCUGAAUGGAGCGUAGUCCAUGACAGUGAAAAGACGGCGACACAGCUAAUGAGGGACACAAGGAUCGCUUUUUCACGGAGCAAUUCAAUGCCAAGAGAAGUGGCCAACGCUACAGCAUUACAGUGUGCUUCUCAUGUUAUUGACACCGGAGUGAGUCACGAUGUCACAACGAAGCAACAGUAAAAAAGGCAAUGAAGAUAUCCAGUCAGAGACUGUGCGUUCAAGAAGCAGUCGUGCAUCUGGUACAUCGUCCAGCUCGAAGAUUAGUAUGGCUGUCGCCAUGGCAAAGGCAAAGGCUGAAGCAGCGCAAGCUAGAGCAGCACACACGCAGAAAGAAAUCGAACUUAAAGUAGAGCAAGCUCGUGUUCAAGCCAAUCUUGUGACAGCACUUCACCCCUACUCACCUACCUGGAAAUCUAAGGCAUUCCCUUCCACUUCAGAGGAUGGUGGGGAGGAGGACAAAGCAGAAAUCAGAGAGGUUAAGUCGACGUGCACUCAAGUAUGUGGUGAAGGAUUGAGCGCUAGGACAUGUGCUAAGAUCUGCCUUGUUAAUGUGUUCCCCAAUGGCUGCAAGAAUGAGUCUAAGAGAAUGUACGCCAUACUAGACGAACAGAGCAAUCGCUCCCUAGCACGGUCGGAGUUCUUUGAGAUUUUUAAGAUCUCUGGAAAUUCCUACUCAUACACCCUCAAGACCUGUGCAGGGUGUUCAGAGACGGCGGGAAGGAGAGCCAGUGGUUAUACUGUGGAGUCGGUGGACAAGAAAAUUGGCAUUCGUUUACCUACACUCCUGGAGUGCAACCAAAUCCCUAACGUUCGCACUGAGAUUCCUACGCCGGAAGCAGCCUACCAUCAAGCCCACCUAAAGCGUAUCGCUGAUAAGAUUCCGCCUUUAGAUCCGGAUGCCAAAAUUCUCCUCUUACUGGGGAGAGACAUCUUACAAGUACACAAGGUCCGAGAACAGAUUAGCGGCCCAGGUGAUGCACCGUUUGCGCAAAGGCUUGAUCUAGGAUGGGUCAUCAUUGGUGAUGUGUGCCUUGGAGGUGCUCACAGAACACAAGAGGUGAGAAGCUACAAAACAGCCAUUUUCGAGAACGGCCGUACGAGCUAUCUUCAACCAUGCAACAACCAGAUCAAAAUAAAAGAGGUAUUUGAGCAAGCGUUUAGACCUCAGCAUCAUUCAGCACCAAUCUCCAUCAGUGGUUCCAUGACGCUCAGUGGAGACUGCUUAGGGCAAACUGUCUUCGCUCGUUCUCCCGAUGAUCAUAGACUCGCUGCAUCCAUGGAGGAUCUAGAGUUUCUGAAGAUAAUGGAAGCCGAGUGUUUUCAGGACAGUUCUGGAAGUUGGGUCGCACCUUUACCCUUUCGGUUGCCGAGACAGCGGCUGCCUAACAACAGGAAGCAGGUUUUUGACCGUUUUGUCUCGCUCCAGCGCUCACUGGACAAACGACCACAGAUGAAAGCCGAUUUCCUAGAGUUUAUGGAGAAGAUGUUCAAGAAGGCACACGCUGAAGUUGCUCCACCAGUACAGCCUGGACAAGAGUGUUGGUACUUACCCCUGUUUGGUGUGUAUCAUCCAAGGAAACCAGAUAGGAUUCGUGUGGUCUUCGACAGUAGUGCAUCAUGUGAAGGAGUGUCGCUCAACGAUGUCUUGCUAACUGGUCCCAACCUUAAUAAUAGCCUGUUAGGUGUCCUUAUGAGGUUCAGGAAGGAACAGGUGGCGAUCACUGCCGACAUCGAGCAGAUGUUCCACUGCUUUGUAGUCAAGGAAGACCAUCGUGACUUUCUUCGCUUUCUGUGGUACAGGGACAAUGACCCUACCUCCGACAUCAUUGAUUACAGAAUGCGGGUGCACCUUUUUGGGAAUAGUCCCUCGCCUGCCGUUGCAGUGUAUGGUCUGCGACGGGCAGCUAAGAAAGCAGAAGCAGACUAUGGUAGUGAUGCAAGAAGAUUUAUCGAACGCGAGUUCUAUGUUGACGAUGCUCUGAAGUCCUUCAGCACAGAGGAAGAGGCCGUCAGCGUCCUAGGGCGAGCACAGAAGAUGCUUGCAACUUCUAACCUCAGGCUAAACAAAAUUGCUUCAAACCGAAUGGCAGUUAUCGAAGCAUUUCCAUUUGAAGAUUGCACCAAGGACAUCAACAGCUUAGAUCUUUUCGUUGAUGAUUUGCCAAUACAACGUAGCCUUGGAUUGCUCUGGAACAUGCGCACAGAUACAUUCAUGUUUCGAAUCGAAGAUGACCAGAGGCCAUUCACUCGUAGAGGAGUGCUUUCGACUGUGAACAGCCUCUACGAUCCUCUAGGAUUCCUCUCACCCAUCACGGUCCAUGGAAGACUGAUACUCAGAGAGCUAACUAAGCAAGCAGAGGAUUGGGACACACCUCUUCCCAAAGACAUGGAGACUGAAUGGACUAGAUGGAAACGAUCGCUCCAAGAUCUGGAGGGACUCCAGAUACCACGUCCUUAUACGUCAUUCUCCACUGCAGGUGCUCUAAGAAGAGAGCUUUAUGUCUUUGCAGAUGCAUCGGUAAAGGCAAUAGCAGCCGUAGCCUACAUCAAGGUGACAAGCCACCAGGAACAGACUGAGAUUGGCUUUGUCUUCGGGAAAGCAAAGUUGGCGCCUCAGCCCGAUCUAACCAUUCCAAGGCUUGAGCUUUGUGCGGCUGUGCUCGCCAUCGAGAUCGCUGAGAUGAUAGUUUCAGAGAUGGACACUAUGUUUGACAACAUCGUCUACUACACAGAUAGCAAGGUUGUAUUGGGAUACAUCCAGAACCAGUCGAGAAGAUUCUAUGUCUACGUACACAACAGGAUCCAAAGAAUCCGUCAGUCACCUUGUUCUGGCCUUUGGAAGUACAUCCCAACACACCUCAACCCAGCCGACAUUGGAUCAAGAACUGUGACUUCAGACUUGCUUAGCAGCACAACUUGGCUCAAAGGUCCAGCCUUUCUUCACAAUGCGUCUUUGCAUUCACCUGAGAUUCAAGAAGCUUACGACCUUAUCGACCCUGACGCUGACUCUGAAGUGCGUCCCCAGGUGGUGGCAAGCUUCACUCGUGUUACUAAAGAUGUGAUACAUCCACAACGCUUCGAACGCUUCUCCAAGUUCAGCACUCUCCUUACAGCCAUAGCUCGCCUCAUUCAUGUGGCUCGUUCCUUCGCUCACUCUAUCCAGGAUGAAUGUCAAGGGUGGCAUGUCUGUCGACCUACAGAGGAAGAAUUGUUGAAAGCCAAAGUGUGUAUUGUGAAGAGUGUCCAGAACGAGUACUUUUCAGAGGAGCUUAAGUGUAUUAACUCAGGAUCCAACCUUCCACCAAAUAGCAGCCUUUGGAAGUUGCACCCCAUCUUAGACCAAAAUCAACUUCUUAGAGUAGGAGGUCGAAUUGAGCAAUCGGAUCUGAGUAUGGAUGAGGUUCAUCCCAUCAUCAUUCCUGGCCGGCAUCAUCUAGCUACUCUGAUUGUGUCUCACUAUCACGAUGCAGUGAAACACCAGGGAAGACAUCUGACCGAAGGUGCCAUUCGAACAGCAGGAUUUUGGCUAGUGGGAGCUAAACGCUGCAUUAGUAGUUUACUUCACAAAUGCGUCACUUGUAGGAAACUGAGGGGCAAAAUGGAACAUCAGCAGAUGGCAGCACUGCCAGCAGAACGGGUACAAGUAGCACCUCCUUUCACUUAUGUAGGUGUCGACGUUUUUGGACCCUGGGAGAUCGUUUCACGUCGUACAAGAGGAGGAGUCUUCAACUCUAAACGAUGGGCUGUGAUGUUCUCUUGUAUGUGUUCAAGGGCAGUUCACAUCGAGGUGAUUGAAGCCAUGAGUACCAGCAGUUUUAUCAAUGCCUUGAGGAGGUUCUUUGCUAUCAGGGGCCCCGCAAAGCAGAUACGUUCCGACUGCGGAACUAACUUCAUCGGCGCAUCGCGUGAAUUAGAAAUGGACCUGUCGAAUCCUGGUUUCAAACGAGUAGAGGAGUACUUGAACACCCAGAACUGCACCUGGGUAUUCAACCCACCCCACGCAUCUCACAUGGGUGGAGCUUGGGAACGGAUGAUUGGCAUUGCCCGUCGUAUUCUGGAUUGCAUGUUGCUUGAGCAGAAAAGGUCUCAUCUUUCACAUGAAGUCCUGACAACCCUCAUGGCCGAAGUAACAGCGAUCAUGAAUGCCAGACCACUCAUUCCAGUCUCGUCAGAUCCGGAAUCGCCUCUCAUCCUCACCCCAGCGAUGCUCCUAACUCUCAAGCUAGGCUCUGCGCCUCCUCCUCCAUCAGGAAGCUUUCAAGAAGCGCAUCUCAUCAGAGUACAAUGGAAACAAGUUCAGAGCCUAGCAGACAUGUUUUGGAACAAAUGGAAACAUGAAUACCUCAAAACAUUACAGCUUCGGUACAAGUGGCAAGGAAAGAGGCCGAACCUUCAAGAAGGAGAUGUGGUUCUCUUGAAAGACAAUCAAGCUAAGAGAAAUCAAUGGCCGGUCGGUCUCAUCACGAAAACCUUUCCAGAAGAGGAUGGAUUAGUUCGGAAAGUUCAAGUGGAAAUUGUUAAAGAUGGAGCCAGAAAGGCCUUUUCUCGGCCUGUUACAGAAGUAGUUUUGCUUCUUUCUCCAAAGUCUGAUUCUGUCAAUUGAUGUGGGCUCUUCAAAGACCCCAGGUGGGGAGUGUCGAUAGUCAAUCGCAACAGCCUGCAAUCUCUCUCAGUCACCUGUUUCUCCAGCGAUCGCGUUUUUCCUUUCCCUUUGCUAAAGCAACGUCUGUGAGUAUUUCUUAUCAUGCAAUAUUAGGAUAAUGUCUAUUUUUAUCUUUGUGAGACUAUUGAGAAGGCUAAGUUUGCUUUAUGUUAUUACUGCUGAUUGUUUACUAGCUCGAUUUUGUUUAUCAUAUACAUCACCGCUGUGUAGAUAAUCCGUUCCGUUUUCUCUGUAUUUGGAUCUAAUAUUAAUAUACAUCUCAUUUGCAUUGUAUUACAGUUUCACAAUAUUCCCAGUAAAUUUUAUGGAGA